UAGCUCAUAAUAUAUUACGUAUGAACCAAGCAAAGAACUGUUCCUAGUGUACACACAAAUAUUACAUGUACAUAAUACGUUGACACUUCAAAGGUCAAUUAUUCUAAUUUUCCACCGAUUAUUUGGUACACCAGUUAAAGCUCAACAACUUAUUGUACACCUCCCCUCACCUUAUUAUAUCCCCCUCUCCUUUUUAUCUUCCUUCCGUUUCGAAUUAAUAGCCUCAAUAAUCUCAAACCGACGCCCACACUUUCCACCUUUUAUACCAAACAAACAAAAAAAACCUCUCUCUGUCCUCAAACUGAACAAAUUUAUUCUUGUGUUUAAGGUAAUCAGAUAAUUUGCUGAAGAAAUGCAGGCUAAACGGGAGUUAUCACAGUCUUUGAGUUUCAAUAAUUAUUCCAAUAGGAAUCAGCUGGCUGAAAUUGCUGAUAGAGUUGUUGAAGAAUUCAGGUUUGAAAAUGGAACAGAUGAUGACUUUUUUGUUGAUGAUAAUGGAGGUUUCAGGGAAGUUAAGGAUGAAAAUGAAGAUGAUGAUGAAUUUGAGUUUUCCUUUGUAAAAGAGUCUGAAAUUUCACCAGUUGCAGCUGAUGAGAUCUUUUACAACGGACAGAUCCGUCCAAUUUACCCGAUUUUCAACAGAGAUUUGUUGUCAAACAACAACGAUGACAACAUCAUAUUUGGUAGCUCUAAUUCGAAUACAAACUCGAAUUCGGCUUCUGGUAAGCCAAAAACAAUUCGGCUUCCAUUAAGGAAACUUUUCCUGGAAGAAGAACGAGAAGCUAACUCGUCUUGCUCAUCAUCUGAAGCAGACGAUUUGGAAUCGAUUCCUGCAGGAACAUACUGCGUUUGGAGGCCUAAAGAGACGGAAAAUUCUUGUAAAAAGAGCAACUCUACAGGUUCCUCAUCAAAACGCUGGAAAUUUCGGAACCUACUUUAUAGGAGCAAUAGUGAUGGUAAGGACACUUUCGUGUUUUUGACUCCUUCGUUUAAAAAGAAAGAAAACAAAUUGGAGAAGCCAACGAUGAAGACUGAUAAUGCACCACCAAAGGGCACCCCAAAAUCGAUGAAUUAUGUGAAGAAUGGAGGCGAGAAAAGGAAGACUUACUUACCUUACAGGCAAGAUCUAGUGGGAUUCUUUGCUAACAUGAAUGGGAUGAGUAAGAAUAAUGUACUGCCAUUGUAAGGUGAAUACGUGAUUAAGGCCUUUAUUAAUUACGAGUACCUAGUUGAUUGUGAUGGUUUUGGAGUGAUCAUGUUAGGAUUUUUUUUUAAAAAAAUCUGCAGCGGCUACCUUUCGAGUAUGUCAUGGGUAAAUCUUACUCCAGUGCAAUAGCUCGCAAUCACACUGGAGAGGUAAACUGCACUAGUCCGUGCGACGAGCUCCAUUGAAAAGCACGCGGGGGUUUCGAACCUGCUAUCUCUUAUUUGGUAUAUCUGGGUAGAUGUUAGGAUUUAGAGGGGUUAAAUUAUGGAGUAAAUGAUUAUUAGACCGUCUGUAAAUAUCUGUAUAAGUUUUGUCCUUAUCUCAGUUAAUGAAUUAUCAAUGAACUUUUAAACUAGUAGUAGUAUUUUCCUGAUUUCAUUAAUAAUAAUCUUGUAACUACUCUCUCCGUUCACUUUUAUCUAUCCACUAUAUUAAAAAUAAAUUUUUAUUUUUA